GGAGAUAUGAAUGACACCCAUGCCCAGAGCAAUACCAGCAACAUUAGCGCUGCUGUGGAACUGUUCCAGCUCAUCAUAUACACCCCCACAUUUACCCUGGGACUGCUGUUCAAUGUGAUGGCUCUGUCAUUCCUGUUUUUUAAGGUUAAAAAGCUGUCAGAAUCAACAGUUUACAUGAUAGCCCUUAUUUUCCUGGAUACUUUGCUGCUCUUUACGCUUCCUUUUAAAAUCAUUUCCUACCACCGCCAGGGCGAAUGGAAUUUGGGAUCUGUGUUUUGUUCCACCUUGGAGAGUCUUUAUUUUGUGAACAUGUAUGGCAGCAUCCUCAUCUCCCUCUGCAUCUGUGUAGACCGGUACAUUGCCAUCCGGCAUCCUUUCACAGCUUCUACCCUGAGAUCCACCAAGAAAGCUGCCAUGAUCUGCGCGGUCAUCUGUCUGGGCACCUCAGCUGGAACAGUCUCUACUUUCCAACUGCAUGGAGAGGGCAACAACAUCUCCUCCUGCUUCCAUAACUUCUCCAAAAGCACAUGGGAAAACAAAGGCCUGUUCAGUGCUUUGGAGACUGCCUUCUUCAGCAGCACAGCAGUCAUGACCUUCUGCACUGCUCAAACUGUCAGGUGCUUGAGGAAGCACAGAAGAACAGAAAACCCCCAAGCACACAUCACCAGAGCAGAGAAAAUAGUGGUGACAAACCUUGCUGCAUUUUUGGUCUGUUUUACGCCUUACCACGUGGCAUACUUCCUAUACUUUUUGGUGAAGAAUAACAUCAUUCACACCAGCUUCCAGCAAGCGCUACGACACGCAGUUCAGGUCACCCUGUGCUGGGCAAACCUCAACUGUUGUCUUGAUGGGGUGUGUUAUUAUUUUGUUUUAAAGGAGUCCUUGGAAGAUCCAUCACAAACCAGCAAAAAAACAGCCAGGAGGAAGCCUUGA